AAAUCAGUCCUCCAUCCAUACGUUAAUCGAAAUGAGUAGGAAAUUAAAUUGAAGAACAGCUGAUCAAAGAUAAAGUUCGCAACAGAGUGUGGUCGUCAAUAGGAAACUUUAAUAAGAAUAGUACUAUAAGUUCUGGUUGUGUGAGAUAAAAAUACUGGUAGCCAAGUAUCGUUGAAUUCGAAAUAACAACGAGCGAACAAACAAACCUAGAUCUAAAAUCUUUACAAGAAGAUAAAACGGAUAAGACGAAAUCAUUUACAACGUAAAAAUUUUGAUGUAACAGAUGUUUCUUGAGAGAGAUGUCACAGAUUAACAUUAAGGACUUGUUCGACGAGAGCAGAUUUCCUAGCGGUUGGAAGCUCGGUGUCUUAUUUCUCUACAUACCUGUUGGUGUGGUGCUUGUCGUAAUUCGUCUUUUGAUCGGUCUUCAACUCUGGUUAUUUGCCUCUUUAUUGCCAGACUGUGAGACACUCAGAAUAUGCUUGAACCACGGCUUGACCCUGGCGUUUGGCAUCGUGGUCAAAGUUGAUCCAAAUGGUGAAACGAGGGACAAAAAGUCACGAAUAAUUAUUGCCAAUAAUGUCUCGGCUCUGGACUACUUUGCAUUACGCAGAAAUGCGGAUACAGUUACCCCAAGUCUUUGGGAACUUCCAAGCGCCCUUAGCCACGCCAUGGGACUUCAGGAGAUGAAUAUGAGCAGCAAAGAAGCACUUAUAGCUAAUAUCAAACAAUUUUUAUCAUCAUCGACAAAUAACAUUGCUCUUCAGCCAGAAUUUGGCUCGACUAACAGCCGUGUAGCUCUUUUGAAAUUCAAUUCCUGGCCCUUCAGCAUUCAAUCUUCUGUCCAGCCAGUUGUCAUCAGAACUAAAAGACCCGAUUUUGUCAGUGUUAAGUUAACUUCUGUUGCCUCAACAUGGUGGAUGGAUGUGUUCUGGUUUAUGUACGUUCCCUACACGAUCUUUUCACUGACCUACCUAAAGGUCAAAAGAAACAUGGACUCUGAACUUCUAGCUAGAGAAGUUGAGCGGGAAAUCGCGGUAACUCUUGGAAUUCAAACGAGCAGUCACACCGUGUCCGAUAAAACGGAAUAUGAAAAAAGGUAUGUUCUUGAAAGAACAAGAAGUGGAGCUCUCCAGGAUAGAACUAUGGCUAAUGCCCAGAUAGUAGCAAAUGCAGAAAUGAGAAGGAUGGCGCACCAAGUCAGCGAAGUAUUUCCCUUGGUGCCGUAUAAUGUGAUAAUUAGAGAUUUACUUAAAACAAGAAGCGUGGAUGUUACGAUUUCUAACAUCCUCGAAGGCAUAGUCACUUAUGUACCAGAGCCUGCGCCAACAAACACAAUCAAUCCAGCUUCGGUUAGUAAAGCUCAAACUGCUCAAUGUAAGAGCGGAAGUUCAGCUGGAACUCUUUCUUUCCAAGAAAGAAAAACUAGGAUGAUAGCCGAAGCGAGAGCAAGGUACAUUUUAAAACACGGAUUACCAAAUUUCUGACAGUCUCGCUAUCGAUAUUAUUACUAUUAUUAUCAUUACUAUUAUUACUAUUAUUAUUAUUAGUACUAUUAAUAUUACUAGAAAUGAUAUACUGUACAUGAAUCUUUGCGCUGUAUGUAUUUACUAUGUCAUGAUAAUACAGUCUUGUUUUUAAAAUA